AUGGCUGUUGGGGACGAGAAACCAUCGAAGCGCACAGCGAACCCAGGCGUUCGAGUCAUCGGAGGAAGAAUCUAUGAUUCUAGUAACGGGAAAACUUGUCACCAGUGUCGACAGAAGACGAUGGAUUUUGUUGCAGCGUGCAAGGCCAUGAAUGAGAACAAGCCAUGUAAAAUUAUGUAUUGUCACAAGUGCUUAUCCAACAGGUAUGGUGAGAAGGCAGAAGAGGUGGUAACUUCAGAUGAUUGGCUAUGUCCUAAGUGCAGAGGCAUUUGCAAUUGCAGUUUCUGCAGGAAGCGUCGAGGCCAAAACCCUACAGGAAUAUUGACACACAUAGCUAAAGCAAGUGGGCUAUCAUCUGUCUCUGAGCUUCUUGAAGUUGAGGGAUCUGAUAACUUUGCUUACCAGAAGAAGCCAAAGCCGGAGGAUAAAGGUAGAUCUGGCAAUAGUGAUGGAGAUGUGGAACUAGUUGAUGUUGAAAAGGUCAAGAACAAGAAAAAAGUGGUGGGCAAGAUCAAGAAAGCCAAAGCUGAUAACAAACAUGUUGACAAGGACAAGAACAGAGUGGUGGGCAAGAUCAAGAAAGCCAAAACUGAUAACAAAGUGAAAGAGGAAAUUGAGUUUGAGGCUCAACUUCCUCAAGGUGUAAGCAUGAAUAAUGUGUCAGGUAUUGAUAUACCCACCGAAGAAACUGGAAAUGUAUUGCAGUUUCUUGAGUUUUGUUCUGCCUUUGGAAAGGUUCUUGAUCUGAAGGAAGGACAAGCUGAAACUGUUGUUGCUGAGCUUUUCUCAUCUGGGCGUAGCAUAAAGAGAAAACAAUACUCCAGUGUUAUCCAGAUGAUGAUCCAGCUGUUAAAUCUAAUAUCAGAUGAUAGAGAUGAGAUGUCUUUGUCUUUAAGCGCAACUGACACCACUUGGUUCAGUUAUGUCGGAGAGGUUCUGUCGCAAUCAGGAAUUUUGAGUGAUUGUUUCCCAUCUGAAACUUUCAAAUCAGGUGUUUCUGAGUAUGAGAAGAUGGAUGGAUCAAAAAGGCUCAAGCUUCUCAUAUUAUUAUCUGAUGAAUCACUUAGCACAAGGGCAAUGAGGAAUUUCAUGGAGGAGCAAUACACAGAGUCUAAAACAAAGAAUAAAGAAGCUAAACAAAAGGCUGCAGCUGCAAAAGAGAAGGAGAAAAAACUGAGGCAGAAGAUGCAAAGUGAUCUUGCCAAGACCCAUAUGGCAAAAAACGGAGCUCCGUUGUCUGUUGAAGAGCAUCAUGCAAUGUUGUCUCGAAUAAAAGCCGAAGCUAAAGAAGCUCAUGAUGAAAUGCUGGAGGCAAUGGGCAUGACAUCAACGAGGCAAAGAUGUGAUGCUGUUAGAACAGAUCCAGUCCUGUUGAACGAUGAUGGCCAUAUUCUCUGGAAACUAAAUUGCUUUCAAGAAGAGGAAAAGUUUUUGCUUCAAGGGCUAGGAAUGUUUGAUGAUUUACCACCACUUGAAAAAUGGUCAGAGUUUAAGCCUGAGCAGAAACAAGAUAUAGAGAAGUAUCUCUCUGCCAAGAGGAUGAAACUGAUGCGAGCACAAAAGAAAGCAAAUGUGGAAAACAAUUAA